AUGACGGGAAUUGCUUGUUGGAUUGAAUCAGAUUCGAAAAAAUUUGAGAGAAUAUGGAUCGAUCAGGUAUGGGCAACUAUCAACUACCCUCGUAGGGUCAGAUACCGAGAGAGCAUAAUUCGAAUCACGUGGGAGGUUUUGCAUCACUUUCAUGACAUCCAUAUGAAAGCUGCAGAGAUAAUGUAUAGGAGGGGAGGUGGGGAGCAAGACACAGGAGAAAAAUGGUCAAUUAAACUCGAGAAAAGUGGGUUUCGGCCUGAGGAAUAUCCAACAUUGACUGCUUCAAUUUGUAAGCUGGGACAGCAAAGUUACCUAGAAGGCAACGUGGAGCACCAAUAUGCUAUUAAUUGGACAGUAAAUUUGAGUAUACGGCGAGAAGAGUGA